AUGAAAAAGUUUCUCAGCAUCUCGGUCGUAUUGAGCUUUGCUCUCCUGGCCACCCAGUCCGCAGCCCAGAUGAUAUCUGUCACAGGCGACCUGACCUUCACCUCUGAGGGUGGUGCCUCGGAGAGUGCUCAGGUGGUCUUUGGAGGUCACCGUCAAGGAGGAAGUGGACCUCAGCGUAUCUCCCACUGCGAUGACGACGACAUCUUUGGCAUCAAGCAAGUCAACUACCCACGCGAGCUCAAAAACCAUGCUCUGGUUCGUUUCAAUGCCCGCAAACACCACGACAUCACAUUCCCCACCCCUGUUGGAUUCGCUCUGAGGGAAGUUUCACCCUUGUCCUCCUCGACAAUUCAAGAGCAGGAAGAACCCAUGGAAACAAUGCUCCAGCAUCUCGAUGUCUGGUCCCGCUCCAGCGCCUCAGACGAGGUCUUGGCCCAUUUCACGGCUUCCCAGUUUGAUCGGUUCGAGCGUGCGAUGCACCUGAAGGGCAUUCCCGAGGGUGGCGACGAUUGGCAGGUCAUCGAGCGGGAUCUCCAACGAGUCGCAGACGAGGAUGCCGAACAGAUAUAUAUGACUUCGCUCCGGGUGCGUGCAGAGGAGGAGAUCUCUGUCUGGAAGAACAAGCACUACGGCAACAAGGACAAGAAGAACAAGCGGGUCGACUUUGAGAACUGGUUCAAGAACUACCACCGUCACGACGAGAUCAAGGACUUUUACUUGCAGAUUGCGGAUGACUACCCGGAACUGGUCACCUAUAUCCCCUCGAUUGGACAGACCGUUGAAGAACGCGACAUCUUUGCCAUCAAGCUUACCGCCAAGGAACACGAUGGAAGCAUCAAGGAGAAGCCCCAAAUCUGGUGGCAAGGCCUCCAGCACGCUCGUGAGUGGGCCGGUGGUUCAACAGUCCAAUUCCUGACCCACCACUUGACGAGCAACUAUGGCAAGAACGACAACAUCACGGCCAUCCUGCGCGACACAGAGUUUGUGAUCGUUCCCAUCAUGAACAUCGACGGCUACGACUACACCUGGAACAACAACCGUCUCUGGCGCAAGAACCGUCGUCAAAACGGUCUCGGUGCCUUUGGCGUCGACCUCAACCGCAACUGGGAUGAUCACUUUGCUGAGGGUGGAUCGAGUGGUUUCCCAUGGAGCGAGACCUACCACGGCCCAUCGGCCGCCUCAGAGCCAGAGGUCCAAGCCCUCCAGAAGUUCUUUAGCGAACAAAAGCAUAUCGUUGGUGCCAUCGACUUCCACUGCUACUCCCAGCUCGUCCUCCGCCCUCAGGGCUGGACCACCAAGCCGUCCCCCCAUGAGAAAGAGCACAAGUUUGUUGGCGACCGUAUCGUCAGCAUUAUCAAGGAUGUCCAUGGCAAGAAGUAUAUCAGCGAACCCUCAGUCGCCCUGUACAAAACUACAGGCGCUGCCAGCGAUUGGUUUUAUGGCGAUCAGGCGACUGCUGCCAACAACGGUCAGCAUGUCUACUCGUACACUAUCGAGUUGCGCCCCUCGGACACCAACCCUGGUGGACGUAGCGGGUUCAUCUUGCCCCCUGAGGAGAUUAUUCCUUUGGGUGAGGAGAUUGCCCAGGCCAUGGAGUUCUUUGUUGACUAUGUCGUCAAGAACCCACUCAAGAACUAG